GAUCAGGGGCGGGCAUUUGGAAUUGGAUCCGCACAGGUAACUCAAGCGAUCGUCUUUGUCAUUGGAAUCAGACCUAUAUAAAUCCUCCUCGACGGACACCACAUCACCACAUAGUCCUCCUCCUGCUUCUUCUGCAUCAUCACCACUUGUCAGCAACAGCCUCCAACAUCACCUCGGUUUAAAAUGUCUCUCUCAUCCAUUCUUUCUGCUGAUGCCAUCGACAACGCUAUCAAGGACUGCCAAGCUCCGGAUUCCUUCUGUCCCAAGAAGUUCUUUCAGAUCUGUGGUCUUUCCAAGAAGAGUCCAGCAGAGGUGAAAAAAGCGUUCGCCAUUAUGGACAAUGAUGCCAGCGGCUUCAUCGAGGAAGAAGAGCUCAAGUUUUUCCUCCAGAGGUUUUCUCCUGGAGCACGUGUGUUGACCGCCGCAGAGACCAAGAACUUCCUGUCUGCUGCCGACGACGACAGUGACGGCAAAAUCGGUGCUGAUGAGUUCCAGUCCUUAGUCUUGGCCUAACCCCUUGGCCUCCACCUCUCAGUCUACUUCUCCUCACCUCUCCAAUGAACUAGGAUAGAUUAGUUGGCUAUCGAUAAGCCUGCUUAGAAACCCUCUUAUUUAUUAUAUUUCUUUUGCAAGACUUUCCUAUGGUUCAAAGACAUCCACUUUAUCCUACUUAUUAAGCUUUUGAAAAUGUUUCUCGUAAUUGAUAUUGUUAUGUUGACCAAUAACAUGUACCAUUGACCUACUACUAUGAUAAUAAAUGAAUAA